AUGACCACUUCUGAGACUGAUCCAAACAGCGCAUUGCUCAUAUUGAGUCCAGGAUUUGAUGAAAAUCCUUACGAGUUUGGACCAGAUGAUCUAGGUGGACACGUCCUCUCGCACGUAGUUGAAUCUAUAACAAGUCAACGUUCUUCUGGCCCCACAAGCAGUCUCUCCUCCAUCAGCUUUUCGGGUCUGGCAAGUAAGUCUUCAUGUGCUCUCACUAUGACGACGCCAGUCGUCUCUUCUUCUGACUUGGAGGCUGCUGCAUUUGGAGACAGCAGUAAUCACUAUUCAUCCAGUGGGACCGUAAACAGCGCAUUGGGUUCCUCUUCAAACGGAAUUCCAGCUGGUGCUGUCCAUCCUUCAAGAGCACUGACCUCUAUGGUUAGUGCUAUCAAGCCGGCAGGAUCUGGUAUUCAAUCCAGUUCUCUGUGGGCGGACUUAAGUGGGCAUCAUCCACUUUCUGAUCAACGUCGUCUGGCUGCCGCUGCUCUACUACAACAACAACAGCAGUCUGCACAAAACCCCUCUGUUUUGGGAGAUUUACAAGCUUCAGGUGACAUCGAGACGGAAGCAGAGGUGGGUAGACCUGAGCAACUCUUCAAGAAACUUACUUCAGAUCUCAUCAGCAAUGUUAGUAAUGGGCCAGGGCUCACUUACUUGUUUCGCCUGCAUCGAGUUUUUUAUAAUCGUAUCAUGCAUGCUUGGGUUCGAGCGCAAAGAGCCAGUCGAUUCUUGGACACUUCUUUGCCUUCUUUUGACAUUACCUCACCUCUCAUUUUUAAGUUUCAUCACCUUUAUUUACUCUGCAUGCCCUGCUUUGCUGAUUUGGGUAAAUUUUGCACCAACUGUUGA